AAAUAAUGUAAUUCCUUGCAAAAUACAACACCCUUCUUCAGUAAUCCCCUCUAUUGACAAAAUCAGUGACUGGAGGUAUGUCAUAUCAAUCAAAUACCAUAGGCUUUAUGUUUUUUGCAGGAGAUGCAGUAGUAUAGGCUAUGGAAGCAUAAAUUGCUAAGAAGAAUUAAUAGGCCCAUUCAUAUGACUUUAGAAGGUUAGGAAUAGCUUGGCUUAUGGGAAAUGUAUUCAUGAUGCCUCUAUUCCACUAUAAUUUCACUUAUGCUUUGCCAUGGUUAGUGAAAAGGUAGAACAUAUGGAUAUAAUAUAUUGUAGAUUGCCUUUCGAUACUUCAACACCUUUCAGAGCAGCAGUGGGAUCUGUUCUUAUUGAUUAAUCAGUGUGGGCAUGCUACAUAUUGUGCCAUUACUUGAUGAUAAUUAAUUUAUUAGAAAGUGGUUCUGUGUAGAAAGGAGUAGAUGCAAUCAAAAAUAAUUUUGUAAAGGCCAUGAUAACCAAUUGGUAAAUUUGGCCUGCUGCUUAGAUUAUUAAUUUUUGGUUGAUCCCCAGACAUUACCAAGUCUUAUGGGUCAACUUUGUCGGAUUCUUUUGGAAUAUUUAUUUAAGCUACAUUUCACAUAAUUGAAAUUGUUAU